GAUAGGUUUUAUCUCUAAUCCCGGCUGCCCCCCCUUCCCAAAUUCAGGAGUGAGCCCCAGGAGCACCUUUGGGGGGGGAGCCCCGCAGGCUCCCCCUGGAGCACUUGAGGGGAGGUGGGGCCGUUGUGGCCACGGAUGGUCCCCUCCCCAGUGGGAGGCAGAGAGAGCGGGAGGCUGGGAGCCUCAGUCCCGGACCCCGGGGGCGCCAUUGCUGACCCUCUGCCUCGGCCCGAGGGGGACCGGGCCGCCCCGGGGCCGCCUUGACAGAAAGCGGGCCUGAGGGCUAAAGGGACCUGGACUGGCAGCUCUUGGACACCUCUCCCCGGAAGCCUCCCCAAUCCCAGAGGAGGAGGGGCGGGGCGGGCCGCGGAGCUCCCGGGCCACUCCCACCGCUGGCAGGCGGCCGCUCCGACCUAACCUGCCAUCAGCCAACUCCAGCUCCGACGAGUGGCCGGGCCGGCUGCACCCAAGGGUGCCGGGCAGAAGCUCCUGGGAACCUCAGGCCGCCCCCCAGCUCGGACCCUUCGCCAUGGGCAAUGCCAACUGCGUCCCCCAGGCCCGCUUCCGAGCCUCCUUCAGGAAGUCCUCGCUGAAAGGAAAAAAGUGAGCCGGGGUCCGGCAGGGCCGGGUCUAACGCGGGGGAUGUUCAAAGGAGAGCCAAGACGGGGACACCCAAGCCACGGACAAGAUUCUUUAUUUCAUCCCAGGCACGGACAUCCCGAGCCUGGACAGUCACAAGGAAAAUGUGGACCAGCCGUUGCUCAGUGUGUUCAAAAAGAGCCGGCAGAAAAUGCCCGUGAGGAACCUCGGGAAGAUUAUCCACUACUCCAAAGUCAAAUUCAAGUUCCAGCACUGUGCGGAUGUCUAUGAUUGCUACCUGGAGCUGUUCCCCUCCUGUCUGUACUUCCAGGCUCAUGGCUCCAGCGGCCUCACCUACCAGGUGCUGCUGCCACUGACGGAUCUGAGGGUUUCUAGGCUAGAGAUGGAAGGACAACACGCCUUCCAGAUCAUGGGGCCCCUGCCAUCCCCUCUCCUGGUGUUCUGUCCCAGUGAGGAUGAGCUCCAUCAGUGGCUCUACCACCUGGAGAAGCAGAUGGCCCUCAUGAAGAGGCCCCCGUGGCCAUCUUUCCAGGACUCUGCAAGAGAGAACCACCUCUGCCCUCUUCCUUGGGCCCUCCAGCACUACCCCGUUCAUCAGUGGGAAGGAACCAGUCGAGAGACUCUGGGAGAUGUGGUCUGCGCCUCCCGAGUGAAAAUGCAGCAUCUGCCUUCCCAGGAGGUCCAUGAUCGGAUUCUGGUUCUCUAUCCAUCUACAUUGGUCAUCCUGUCAGAGGACUCCGAUGGACUGAACUUCAAGGGGGAGCUUCCGCUCAACUCCGUCCAGCUCAACUUUGAAGAGAGCGAGAAACAGAUCCGGUCCUUCCUGAUCGAGGGCCGCCUCAUCAAUACCAUCCGCGUGCUCUGUGCCAACUAUGAAGACUAUCAAGACUGGUUGCUCUGUUUGCGAACUGUGCGCCUCAAAAAGGGGGGCUCCUCCACCCGCUCGGGCCCCGAGAGCUUCCAGGGGCCACGGCCACCCCUCCCCGCACAGUUCUCAGUCAGCGGGCGAGCAUCCCUUACCUCCGAUGGCCGGACCAACUCCUGGGCAUCCACAGGGGCCCCAUCUACUUCCUCCCACACCAGCAGCUCCCUCCCUGACCACCCCAUGCUGCCCAGGAACUAUCCCGGGGGUGCUGAUGGCCCCCCCCAGCGGGACCAGAGCCAUGGCAACCCUGGCAGCUCCAGCUUAGGAAGGCGUCGGGCAGAACUGAGACGCAAGGGCAGCGGCCGCUCGUCCAAGGGAAAAGGAACAGGGCAGCCCAAGGGAGAGGAGCCGGCACUCCGGGUUCCCCUGCAUCUGGACCUGGGGCUCACCAAUCUAAACCAGAGGAUCCUGGAGGGCAGCGAGGACGCCGCCGCUGACAGCCCAGAGAAGCCCCAGUCCCCUCUGUACGCUGACCCCUACACCCCGACCUCCACUACCCACAUCAAGCUCAGGGACGUCAGUGGUGAGUUUCUGGAGGCGUUCAAGAGCUGUUCAGGCCAGGAACCACUGAACACCUUCCCCACUGCCCCCGUCUCUGUCCCCGUCCCGUCCCCCAGCUCACAUCCCCUUCAGAAAAAGCCGGCCCCUCAGCAACGGGAGAAUCAGAGACAACGAGGCUCCUUCAAAGUCCGGGGAGUUGGUCUUCUGGAGCCUUCCCAACCCCACCAGGUCCGGGUCUCCCCACCAAAGGAAGGUUCCCCCAAACCUCAGCUUCGACUCCCAGGUGAGUUACACCUCUGGGGGCUCUGCAGCUAAGCCCCUGGGACUUUCCCCAACUGAUGCCAAGAUAUCUACCUUCCCCUGCCCCUCCCUAGCCUGUGACCUCCUCCCCUGUUCCAGCCCUGAGUGCUCUCUCUGGCACUGACAGGUGUGGCCACCUCUCUGGUCUAUGGACAGCCCCCAGUCAUGGGAACAUUUGCAAUGGGCCUCUGGCCCUCAGGCACUCGAAGGCUGGGAGCCCAGUCUAGCCUCUGUUUCCC